AUGCGCCAAAGCUACAGCCUGGUGCUUGUUGGCACCUUCCUGUCUGCCGCUGCACCUGUCUCGGCCACUAACCUGCCGAGAGGUGUCGGUCCUGAAUUCGCCAAGUUCUUCGAGACCAAGGAAACCUUUUCCUGUAUCGGCCACCCCGAGAUCAAGCUUAGCAUCAAGCAGGUCAACGACAACACAUGCGACUGCCCCGAUGGCUCUGAUGAGCCCGGUACUGCGGCUUGCGCCUACCUCGAUCCCCUCUCCCCUCCUCAGCCCUUCGCUGGCUCCCUGACGGGUACCACCAACACCACCAAUGCCUUGCCUGGCUUCUGGUGUGCCAACGUGGGUCACAUCGGCACAUACGUUCCUUUCAUGUUCGUCAACGACGGUCAUUGCGACCACGAUGUUUGCUGCGACGGAAGCGAGGAGUACAGUGGUGUCGGAGGGGUCAAGUGCGAGAACAAGUGCGCUGAGAUUGGCAAGGAAUACCGCCGUGUCGAGUCCGCUCGUAAGGACGCCAUCGAUAAGGCUGCUAAGAGACGCAAGACGAUGGCCAAAGAGUCUAGAGAGCUCCGCCGUCGCGUCGAGGCCAAGGUUAACAGCCUCAAGGACGAGGUCAAGGGUCUCGAGACUCGCAAGGACGAGCUCGAGGAGAAGCUGCACGAGAUUGAGCGCUCCGAGAAGGGCAAGGUUGUCAAGGGAGAGGGCUCUGGUGGAAAGCUCGGCACUCUGCUAAACCUGGCCAAGACCCGCGUCACUGAGCUUCGCGAGACUCUCGAGGACGUUGUUGCCCACCGCGACGAGCUCCAGAAUAAGGUCAAAGAGCUCGAGGGCAUCCUCGGUCGCUUGAAGGAAGAGUACAACCCCAACUUCAACGACGAGGGCGUCAAGCGCGCUGUCAAGGGUUGGGAGGACUACGCUGCCAAUCUCGCCAACGAGGCCCUUCCCGAUGGCCUGGAGGCCGACAUCAAGGAGGUCCUUGUCGAGGACUCCGAGACCUCGGGCAUCAACUGGAAGGAGUUUGAGGAGGACGAGGGCUCCGACACCGACAUCUUAUACAACUUCGAGGCCUAUCUCCCCGAUGCCGUCCGCGAGUUUAUCCACGGAAAGCUCCUUUCCCUCCGAGUGUGGAUGAUCGAAAAUGGUCUGGUCGCCGACAACAACAAGCCCGGCACUGAGUCUCGGCUGGUCAAGGCCGCCCGCGAGGCCUUUAACUCUGCCAACAGCGACCUUUUGGACAAGAAGCGUCAGCUGGAGAGUGAGCAGAAGGACCUUGACAAGGACUACGGCACCGACGAUAUUUUCCGCGCUCUCAAGGAAAAGUGCGUCAGCACUGAGGUUGGCGAGUACGAGUACGAGCUCUGCUGGAUGGAUAAGACCAACCAGAAGUCCAAGAAGGGCGGCGGUCACACCAACAUGGGCAACUUUGUCCGCAUCGACAAGGAAAUGGCUGACGAUGAGGAGCGCAUUGAUGGCAAGAGCCUUGGCAAGGGUCUCCGCAUGGUUCUCCGCUACGAGAACGGCCAAGGCUGCUGGAAUGGCCCGCAGAGACGUACUGAUGUCUGGCUCGCCUGCAGCGAGACGGAAGAGCUCUGGAAGGUCUCGGAGUCGGAGAAGUGCGUUUACAAGAUGGAGGUGGGCACGCCCGCCGCUUGCGACGAGCUGCUUGAGCCCCCUGAGCCCAAGGGCAAGGACGAGCUGUAA